AUCGCAACGAUGAAGGCCGCCGCCCUCCUCCUCGCCCUCGCGGCGUCGACGCAUGCCACCGUGCUCACGCCUGACAACUACGACGACCUCACCCAGGACAAGAGCGUGACCCGCGGCGUCCGCGGCGCGCAUGCAUGCAUUUUUGUAGCGCGCGCACGUCCGCGUACCCGCACCGCACCAGGCGCAUACGCUGCGCGCGCGCGCGGCGCGAAACCGCGACGCGCGCAAAGACUGCGGACCCGCUCGACGCGCGCGUAACUCACACGCCAUCGCCGCGACCCGCCACAAAACGCAGGUCUUCAUCAAGUUCUUCGCGCCCUGGUGCGGCCACUGCAAGAAGCUGAAACCCACCUGGGACAUACUCAUAGACGAGUACAAGGGCCACAAGGACAUUUUGGUCGCCGACGUCGACUGCACGGCCGAGGGCAAGCCCCUCUGCGACGCGAAUGGAGUGAAAGGAUUCCCGACGCUCAAGUACGGCGACCCGAGCGACCUCCAGGACUACCAAGGUGGGAGAGACGAAAAAGACCUCAAAAAGUUCGCGUCCGAGAAGCUCGGGCCCCAGUGCGGCGUCAAGAAUUUGGACCUCUGCUCCGACGAGAAGAAGGCGCAGAUCGCUUCGUUCCAAGCGAUGGGUGCCGAGAAAUUGGGCGAAUUUAUUGGAGAGCAGGAGGCGAAGAUCAAGGAGCUCAACGAAAACUUCAGCAAGCAAGUGGAAGACCUCCAGAAGCUCUACGAGGGCUACAUGAAGGACAAGGAGGCCGCCGAGGCCGCGCUCAAGGGCCAGGGGCUGGGCCUCGCCAAGGCCGUGCGCAAGUCGCUCGAGGCCACGACGGACGAGCUCUGA